AGUCAACCCCUAACGGGAUACUUGAUGCACAGCAGAGAGGGGGGCAUGGCUGUUGUAUUGUAUCCAGACCCGCUUCCACCCCACCCCUCGACCUCCAGCCCUUCCUCACCCAGCCAGCCACUAGCAAAUUCAUCAAACUCCGUCGAUCCCCAGAGCAAAAACAAGCAUUAAUGCAGAUAAAUCCUCUACAACAAGCUGACUGCUGUGAAGUUUCUUGUCUUCAUGAACGAUGUGGAGCCAUCAAAACCUGCAGCUCAUGUUGUGCACAGCUCUGAGUUGUGUGAGCAGCGCUGCAGGUUUGGUCCUUGUGUUUGGAUACGAGGGCAGAGAUGUGACGGUUUCCUGUCCAUAUGAUCCAGGAUAUGAGAGAUACCAGAAGUACCUGUGUAACAGCAGCUGUGGUUACAGCGAUUUUCUUAUCAGAUCAUCACAAGAAAAUACAACCAAAUACUCCGUUUACGACGACAAAACAACAAGAGUCGUCACAGUGACCAUCUCUGAUCUUCACUUUGAUGAUACUGGGAAAUAUUGGUGUGGAGUGACCAGAGCAGGAAAAGACAUCUACACUGAAGUACAGCUGGAGGUAAAAGCAGACAGAUGCUGCGACACGGUGAACAACAUCCAAGGUAACGAAGACGGUUCAGUGACCAUCAGCUGUCCGUACGACUCUCAGUCUGUCAACAAGCUGAAGUUCUUCUGCAGAGGAAACCGGCCCUCCACAUGUCUACAGCAGGCAGUGAUCACCUCUAGCAACACACAAGAUGGACGAUUCAGACUCUCUGAUGACAGGAAGUCAGGAAUAUUCACAGUGACCAUUUCCAGUCUGACCCUGAAGGAUUCUGGGUCGUAUCUUUGUGGAGUCCAGAGAAACUCAGGAUUUGAUGUUUUCACUGCUGUUGAGCUGGAGGUCAAAGAGAAAGGAGAGCAAAAUGCAAGUAGAGAAAAAGAGCUUGAGGAUCUGCCACCAAGCAUCACGACAGAAGUGUAUCAGCAUCAGAGCAGAACAGUGAAAACUAUCAUUUCUACCACACCACCAGCAUCAGAGGAACAGGCUAAAGCACCUCUGAGCAGCGCUGCAGGUUCGAUCCGUGUGUUUGGAUACGAGGGCGGAGACGUGAACGUUUCCUGCCCCUAUGAUCGGGGAUUCGAGGGUCAUCAGAAAUACCUGUGCAACCACGACUGUCGUUACGCCGACGUUCUUAUAACGACGUCGCAAGGAAGUAGUGGAAAAUACUCCAUUCACGAUGAUAAAACAACAAGAAUCUUCACAGUGACCAUCUCUGACCUUCGCCUUGAUGACGCUGGGAAAUACUGGUGUGGAGUGACAAGAAUAGGAAGAGAUAUCAGCAUUGAAAGAGAGCUGGAAGUAAAACCAGACAGAUGCUGCGACACGGUGAAUCAAACCCAAAGUACUGAGGAAGGUUCAGUGACCAUCAGCUGUCCGUACGACUCUCAGUCUGUCAACAAGCUGAAGUUCUUCUGCAGAGGAAACCGGCCCUCCACAUGUCUACAGCAGGCAGUGAUCACCUCUAGCAACACACAAGAUGGACGAUUCAGACUCUCUGAUGACAGGAAGUCAGGAAUAUUCACAGUGACCAUUUCCAGUCUGACCCUGAAGGAUUCUGGGUCGUAUCUUUGUGGAGUCCAGAGAAACUCAGGAUUUGAUGUUUUCACUGCUGUUCAGCUGGAGGUCAAAGAGUGGUGCUGUGCAAAGUCAAAGAACAUGAGUGGCGUAAUGGAGCGUAGCGUAACCUUCCAGUGCCCUUAUGCACCCCAGCAUCACAACGACACAAUGUUCCUCUGCAAGGGAGACGGAGCCAGCAACUGCACAGACAUGAUGGGCCAAAGUAGGUUUGUUCUGAGCAACGUUUCCUCCAGCUCUUUCUCUGUGACGGUCACAAAGCUGGAAGCAGGAGAUGCUGGGACGUACUGGUGUGGCUCAGGCCCCGAGGCGAAUGUUGGAAACUUCACCCGCUUUCAUCUUUCUGUAGACGCGACUCUCCACCAACUUCCACAUCCAGCUUUCUAUGCCCUGUUUGCUUUAGCUGCUGGGCUGCUGCUGAUGGUGACAUUGGUCCUAGUUAAAGUUUACAAGAACAAAUGUCACAAAACAUUGAGAGAGAGAAAAGUUUCCAGAUGAAGAAUCUGAAGCUUCGGUUUGCAGACACAUCAGCUGAUGGUUGGACGACGUGCGGAACAUCUGCAGACCAAAGUUUUGUCUGCGGGUCGAUGGGAUCAUAUAAUGUUCACUGGACUAUUUAAACUUAAAUUAAUUUGAUUCUUUUUUUUUAAGUACUCAGAUUUUAUUUUUUAGCAAUUUUUUGGGUCUUAUUUUAGAGCAAUUUUCAUACAACAGUGUGUUUGUCAGAGGUGAAAAAAGGGAAACGAGUACAAACGGCUAACCCAGCAAAGUAAAAUAAUUAUCUCACAAUGUCAAACUACGUACAACUGAGGAAAUGCAAUUGUAUCUGUAAUAAUGAAUAAAACAAGACGAGUAUAAACAGUA